AUGGAGAUCAUUAAGAUGAAAAACAAUAAAGCAACCUCCUCCAAGGAGAAGAAGGAGGAGGUGCCAACAACACCAUGCCAAGGACCAAAAACACAGCUUCUUCUCUUUUUGCGUCAAUGGUUUUUCCUUGUGUUGCUGCCUUCUUUUGCCUCUGCUGCCUGUGACCAAGUGGAUCACGAAGCUCUCUUGUCCUUGGCUUCUAAGGUAUCAUCAUCACCACCAUUGAAUUGGUCUGCUUCCACUAACUGUUGCCUUUGGGAAGGAAUACUUUGCAACCAAGAUGAUCAACGCGUCAUCCGUGCAUCACUUCCUGGGAGAGGCUUAAAUGGUGUCAUAUCUCCGUAUAUCACCAACCUCACCUAUCUCACCCACCUCAAUCUCGCCUGGAAUUCCCUCUCAGGUCCUCUCCCAGAUGACUUGUUUUCCUCGCUCUCCAGCAAUGGAAACAAUUACACGUCCCUCACCAUCUUGGACUUGUCCUUCAACAAGUUCACUGGCCUAGUCCCCCCUGGACUUGGGGCAUGUUUCAAGCUCCAAGUCUUCCGAACAGGCUUCAAUUACCUCUCAGGAUCUCUCCCGGAUGACAUUUAUGACGCUGCUAAUCUCCAGGAGCUCUCUCUGCCUGUCAAUCAUAUUUCGGGAGUCAUUAGCGAUGACAUCACGCGCCUGAAAAAUCUAAAGAUCCUAUGGCUCACCUCAAACCAAUUCUCUGGACCAAUCCCCAGCCAUAUUGAAUCGGACCACUCUGAACCUUUACCAGAUUAUGACAACAUAGUAGAGCCAGAUGGAUUCCACAAUCUUCAGCUUCUUGCUCUGGAGGGUUGCCAAUUCGCAGGAGGACUUCCAAAUAUGCUCUGUGGGUUGCCAGUUUUGACACCAAAAGAGGCUGUUGAUCAAGUGGAAAGAGGAUAUCUAGAGAUGCCUAUCUUUGUCAUGUCCAGCAAUGCGAAUAAUCAGAAAUACAAGCAGCUUUCCAAGCUGCCUCCAGCCAUAUAUCUGGGCAGUAACAACAUUAGUGGCAAGAUCCCCAUUGAGAUUGGCCAAUUGAAGUUUGUUCAUUAUUUGGACCUUAGUCAUAACAACUUCUCUGGCCGCAUCCCAGAUCAGAUCUCUAACCUCACCAACUUAGAGAGAUUGGAUCUCUCCCAUAACCAUCUAUCUGGUGAAAUCCCUGCUUCUCUCAAAGGUCUGAAUUUCCUUUCUUUCUUCAGUGUGCCAUACAACGAUCUUCAGGGACUUGUACCAACCGGAAGUCAGUUUGAUACUUUACCACCACCAGCUUUGAAGGAAAUUCAGGCUUACGUGGCCCUCCAACUCCGAACCGCUCUUGCCCUCAAAGCCUUCAAAGCCUUCCACCAGUAUAUCCAGCUACGCAGAGAUAUAACAGGAAGAAGCUGCUUGUUGCAGUUGUCUUUGUGA